GCGUGGACUCGGAGGUACCGGGCGCGCGCGGCUCCAGCUCCGGACGCCUAGGGCUCCGGCUCCGGCUCCAGCUGCGGCUGCUGCAGCGGCGCCCGCACUCUAGUGCGUCGGCCUCCUGGGCCCGCCGCGGAGCGCACUCUGCGCUCCCGCCGUGCGCCCUCCUCCCGCUUUUCCCGAGCCCGUCGGGAUGGGAGCUGCGCGGGGAUCCGCGGCCGGCCCCUGCCGGCUGCCUCUGCUAAGCGUCCUGCUGCUGCCGCUCCUGGGCGGUAUCCAAGCAGCCAUUGUUUUCAUCAAGGAGCCAUCCUCCCAGGAUGCACUGCAGGGGCGCCGAGCACUACUCCGCUGUGAAGUCGAGGCCCCGGGCCCAGUGCAUGUGUACUGGCUGCUUAAUGGGGCCCCAGUCCAAGACACUGAACGGCGUUAUGCCCAGGGAAGCAGCCUGAGCUUUGCAGCUGUGGACCGGCUGCAGGACUCUGGCGCCUUCCAGUGUGUGGCUCGGGAUAACAUCACUGGAGAGGAAGCCCGAAGUGCCAAUGCCUCCUUCAACAUCAAAUGGAUUGAGACGGGUCCUGUGGUCCUGAAGCAUCCAGCCUCAGAAGCUGAGAUCCAGCCACAGACCCAGGUCACGCUUCGUUGUCACAUUGACGGGCAUCCUCGGCCCACCUACCAAUGGUUCCGAGAUGGGAUCCCCCUCUCUGACAGUCAGAGCAACCACACAGUCAGCAGCAAGGAGCGGAAUCUGACCCUUCGACCGGCCAGUCCUGAUCAUAGUGGCCUCUACUCCUGCUGUGCUCACAAUGCCUUUGGCCAGGCCUGCAGCAGCCAGAACUUCUCCUUGAGCAUUGCAGAUGAAAGCUUUGCCAGGGUGGUGCUGGCACCCCAGAAUGUGGUAGUGGCGAGGAACGAGGAGGCCAUGUUCCAUUGUCAGUUCUCAGCCCAGCCACCCCCAAACCUGCAGUGGGUCUUUGAGGAUGAUACUCUCAUCACCAACCGCAGUCGUCCCCCGCAUCUCCGCAGAGCCACGGUGUUUGCCAACGGGUCCCUGCUGCUGACCCAGGUCCGGCCGCGCAAUGCAGGAAUCUACCGCUGCAUCGGCCAGGGACAGAGGGGUCCACCCGUCAUCCUGGAGGCCAAGCUCCACCUGGCAGAAAUUGAAGACAUGCUGCCAUUUGAGCCCCGGGUGUUCACAGCUGGCAGUGAGGAGCGUGUGGCAUGCGUGCCCCCACAGGGUCUGCCCGAGCCCAGUGUGUGGUGGGAGCAUGCAGGAGUCCGCCUGCCUACCCAUGGCAGGGUCUACCAGAAGGGCCAUGAACUGGUGUUUGCCAUCACUGCCGAGAGCGAUGCAGGUGUCUACACCUGCCAUGCGGCCAACCUGGCUGGUCAGCGGCGACAGGACGUCAACAUCACUGUGGCCACUGUACCCACAUGGCUGAAGAAGCCCCAAGACAGCCAGCUGGAGGAGGGCAAACCCGGCUAUUUGCAUUGCCUGACCCAGGCAACACCCAAACCCAUGGUUAUCUGGUACCGGAACCAGAUGCUCAUCUCUGAGGACUCGAGGUUCGAGAUCUCUAAGAACGGGACCUUGCGCAUCAAUAGCGUGGAGGUAUAUGACGGGACGUGGUACCGCUGUGUGAGCAGCACUCCGGCUGGCAGCAUUGAGGCCCAGGCCCGUGUCCAAGUGCUGGAAAAGCUCAAGUUCACGCCACCACCCCAGCCACAGCAGUGCAUGGAGUUUGAUAAGGAGGCUACUGUGCCCUGCUCAGCCACCGGCAGAGAGAAGCCCACAAUUAAGUGGGUACGGGCAGAUGGGAGCAGCCUCCCAGAAUGGGUGACUGACAAUGCUGGUACCCUGCACUUUGCCCGGGUGACCAGAGAUGAUGCUGGAAACUACACUUGCAUUGCCUCCAACGGGCCACAGGGCCAGAUCCGUGCACAUGUUCAGCUCACUGUGGCAGUUUUCAUCACCUUCAAGGUGGAGCCAGAGCGCACGACUGUGUACCAGGGCCACACAGCCCUGCUGCGGUGUGAGGCCCAGGGGGACCCCAAGCCACUCAUUCAGUGGAAGGGCAAAGACCGCAUCCUGGAUCCCACCAAGCUAGGACCCAGUAUGGCAUGCUUCCAGAAUGGCUCCCGGAUCCAUGAUGUGGCCCCUGAGGACUCAGGCCGCUACACCUGCAUUGCAGGCAACAGCAACAUCAAACACACAGAGGCCCACCUCUACGUCGAUGACAAGCCCGUACUGGAGGAUUCUGAGGGCCCAGGCAGCCCUCCUCCCUACAAGAUGAUCCAGACCAUUGGGCUGUCAGUGGGUGCUGCUGUGGCCUACAUCAUCGCUGUGCUGGGCCUCAUGUUCUACUGCAAGAAGCGCUGCAAAGCCAAGCGUCUACAGAAGCAGCCUGAGGGCGAGGAGCCGGAGAUGGAGUGCCUGAAUGGUGGGCCUUUGCAGAAUGGGCAAACUUCAGCAGAGAUCCAGGAGGAAGUGGCCUUGACUAGCUUGGGCUCUGGCUCUGCGGCCACCAACAAGCGUCACAGCACAAGUGAUAAGAUGCACUUCCCACGGGCCAGCCUGCAGCCCAUCACGACGCUGGGGAAAAGCGAGUUUGGGGAGGUGUUCCUGGCAAAGGCACAGGGCUUGGAAGAGGGUGUGACAGAGACCCUGGUGCUUGUGAAGAGUCUGCAGAGCAAGGACGAGCAGCAGCAACUGGACUUCCGGAGGGAGUUUGAGAUGUUCGGGAAGCUGAAUCAUGCCAACGUGGUGCGGCUCCUGGGGCUGUGCCGGGAGGCCGAGCCCCACUACAUGGUGCUGGAGUAUGUGGACCUGGGAGACCUCAAACAGUUCCUGAGGAUUUCCAAGAGCAAGGAUGAGAAGUUGAAGUCACAGCCCCUCAGCACCAAGCAGAAGGUGGCCCUGUGCACCCAGGUGGCCCUGGGCAUGGAGCACCUGUCUAACAACCGCUUUGUGCACAAGGACUUGGCUGCUCGCAACUGCUUGGUCAGUGCCCAAAGACAGGUGAAGGUGUCAGCCCUGGGUCUCAGCAAGGACGUGUACAACAGUGAGUACUACCACUUCCGCCAGGCCUGGGUGCCCCUGCGCUGGAUGUCCCCUGAGGCCAUCCUGGAAGGCGACUUCUCCACCAAGUCUGAUGUCUGGGCCUUUGGUGUGCUGAUGUGGGAAGUGUUCACCCAUGGAGAGAUGCCCCAUGGUGGUCAGGCAGAUGAUGAAGUUCUGGCAGAUUUGCAGGCUGGGAAGGCUAGACUGCCUCAGCCUGAGGGCUGCCCUUCCAAGCUCUACCGGCUGAUGCAGCGCUGCUGGGCCCUCAGCCCCAAGGACCGACCCUCCUUCAGCGAGAUCGCCAACACCCUGGGAGACAGCCCUGCAGACAGCAAGGCGUGAAGAGGGAACCCAGCGGGCUGUGCCUCAGGAUGGCAUGAGCAGGGGAGAGGACAUCUCUUGAGGGGAGCCUGCAGCAUGAUGGGCAAGAUCCCUGUCCUCCUGGGCCCUGGGGUUCCUGCCCAUGCACAGCAGGCAUUGCUGAGGUCUGGGCAGUGCCCAGGCUUCCCUCUUCUUUCUCCUCACUCCUCACUACUCUCAGCCCUUAGGGAGGCUGAUUCAGACCCAGACUGGGUGACUAGGACCUUGGGCUGGGCAGCUUUCUCUGUCACCCCUUCCUUCAUGAGGGACAGUGUGGGUACCUCAGGUGACCCCUAUUUCUGGCCUGCAACUUCUCCCUUUGACCAAGUCCAGCUCUGCCACUCAUCUGCCAACUUUGCCUGGGGAGAGCUAGGCUGGGGGUGAGCUGGGUUUGGGGGGAGUUCCAUAAUAUACUUAAGUUCCGGCCUAGCUCUGGGCAUACAGGGCCAUGGAGCCUUUGGCCCGUGGUUCCCACCUAGGGAUCUAGACCAGGACUGUGGAGGACACAGCAAGUGAGUCUUCCCUGCUGUGAGCUUGUGCACACUAACCCAGACCUAUGUCUUCCCCCAACCAUUCUCUCCUUUCCUCAUCCUAAGUGCCUGGCAGAUGAAGGAGUGUUCAGGAGCUUUUGACAUUAUAUAACCCGCCCUUUUUGUAUGCACCAUGGGCGGCUUUUGUAUGUAAUUGCAGCGUGGGGUGGGUGGGCAUGGGAGGUAAGGGUGGGCCCUGGAGGAGAUGGUGGGGUGGGCCACCCCUGCCUCACAUUUUUAUUGUUGUUGUUGUUGUUUGUUUGUUUCGUGGUUUUGUUUUUGUUUUUGUUUUUGUUUUUUUACACUCGCUGCUCUCAAUAAAGAAGCCUUUUUUACAACCUG